AUGUGUGAGCAGCGCGAUGUAAAUAGCCACUACGCAAUCCUGAUCGGUAUUGACGCCUAUCCAAAUGGUCCCUUGAACAGCUGUGUCCGAGAUGUACAAGCGAUCAAAGAAUGUCUUGAGAGCCAACUGAGCUUUGUCGAUAUCCAGACGUUUACUGCAAGCAACAGCCGCGAUCCGGACAUAGCCACGCCUCUCGAAGACCCAGAUAGGUGGCCAACACUCCGCAAUGUCGCUUCAGGUUUUGGAAGGACUACGUCUAGAGCCAACAAGGGAGAUUUCGUCUACGUCCACUAUUCCGGGCAUGGAACCAGGCUUGCGCCGUGCUUCGACUUUUCGAACUCGUCGACCGGAGACUUGGCGUUGGUAUUACUGAAGGCGGAAAAUAGCCCGGAAGUAUUUCUUCGCGGCCCGCGACUAGCCGGUCUACUCAAAGCUAUGGUGGACAAGGGACUGAUCGUCACUGUCGUCCUUGACUGCUGUUUCUCUGCAAGCGUUUACCGCAAUGGCGACCCCAAUGUCCGAUACCUCCCGUGCGGCCCCGCGGUGGCCCCGACAUAUUCAUUGAGACCGGAUAAUAACUCUGUGGGCAGGGGAACGCGUUUCAUGAAUAGAGAUGCAACCAUGCGUGACAACUGGCUGCUAGAUCCAGACCGAUACACAAUACUUGCCGCGUGCGGACCCCAUGAAAACGCCAAGGGGGGUUUUGAAUUGGGCGGGAAUGGAGAGAGGUACGGGGCUUUGUCCCUUUUCUUAUCUAGAGCCUUCUCCAACCGCGGGCUUGGGAGGAAGCAUAAGGAUAUCCAUCGUCAUUUGUGCGCAAAGUUCUGGCAAUCUUGUGUUGCGCAAUUCCCAGUGCUCUACGGAAACGUCAACCAAGGCUUCUUCGGCUCGAUAGACCUAUGCCGCAAUACAAGGUCAUACUACGUUGUUGAACGUGAAGGAAGUCUCCAGCUGUUAGCCGGCAGGGCACAUGGUCUUCAUGAUGGGGAAAGGUUUACUGUGUAUCCUCCAAACUCGGCAAGCGAUCGCAGUGUUGAGGAAGAGUCUAUAGUGACUAUUGCUCGCGUUGGUGCUUUUACAUCCCAAUUGGAUCUAUCCGGCAUCCGAUCCAACUAUCGCACACAGUGGAUCGCGGAACCACGCACUAGCCUGUAUCAUGCGGAUUUUCUUGUCCGAUUGUCACCAGACAUCCCGCAUCACAAUGAAUGGUUAGCGGCACUGAAGGAGCGGUCAUUCCGCAACAUCGACGGGGCGCAAACUCCAGUAUACCAAGUUGUUCUGAGCAGUGAUAAUGAAUACGAAAUCUUGGACAGCUCGAGUCGGAAGAUCACCAACCUACCACCAAUGCCAGAGGAUCGGACAGACAUUGGCCGCAUCUGCAAUGUGUUAGAACACCUGGCCCGAUUUGAGAUGGUUAAGGGACUGACUAACGAGACGCCGACAGAGACUUUCCGAAAGUCAUUCGAUAUUCACAUUAUUAGUCAGGGAAAAAUUUUCGGCCCAGGGGAGCAGAUAGAGGUUCGGCACAAUAGCAUUAUAGAAGUAAUUAUGAAGAACGUGGGAGAGACCGUUUUGUACAUUCACGUGUACAAUUUAGGUCCUUGCUGGCAGGUUAAGGGUAUUUAUCAUGGAACUUACGAGGCUGUUCCUCCGCGCAAAGUAAGGUAUGAUGGCCAGCAAGCGUUUGCGGGAAGGUCUUCAAGGAAGAUCAAGAUGACCAUUCCUGUUGUGAUGCAAGAAUACGGCUCUUGUGAGGAUGUCAUCAAAAUCUUCGUCACAACGCAUCCAACAAUAUUUGACUCCCUAGAGCUACCCAACCUUGACGAGCUUGUGGGCAUAAAUACGGGAGAAAGGAUCAGCCAUCCAGAUAACCAGUUGUUAGAGGACUGGGUGGCAUUGAACUUUCCGAUUCGUACAUCACUUUGA